AUGGAUCGCCUUCAACUUGUUAACUCACAUGUGAGUGGUAAUAAUAGUCGUACUAACAUUGUUGCUAGUGGUGAUAUUGGUUUGAUUGGUUUGGCCGUCAUGGGUCAAAACUUGAUUUUAAAUGCUGCUGACCACGGUUUCACUGUCGUGGCCUACAACAGAACUGUCUCUAAGGUCGAUGAAUUCUUGGAUAACGAAGCCAAGGGUAAGUCUAUCAUUGGUGCUCACUCUAUUGAAGAGUUAUGCGCCAACUUGAAGAGGCCAAGAAGAAUUAUCUUGUUGGUCAAGGCUGGUAAGCCAGUCGAUGCUUUUAUUGAGCAAUUGUUGCCACACUUGGAAAAGGGAGACAUCAUCAUUGACGGUGGUAACUCUCACUUCCCAGACUCCAACAGAAGAUACACUGAAUUGAACGAAAAGGGUAUCUUGUUCGUUGGUUCUGGUGUUUCCGGUGGUGAAGAAGGGGCUAGAUAUGGUCCAUCUUUGAUGCCAGGUGGUCACAAGGAUGCUUGGCCUCAUAUCAAGGAAAUUUUCCAAAGUAUUGCUGCUAAAUCCGACGGUGAACCAUGUUGUGACUGGGUUGGUGACGCCGGUGCAGGUCAUUACGUGAAGAUGGUCCACAACGGUAUCGAAUAUGGUGAUAUGCAAUUGAUUUGUGAAGCUUAUGACUUGAUGAAGAGAGUCGGUGGUUUCACUAAUAAAGAAAUGGGUGAUGUUUUGGCCAAAUGGAACAAGGGUGUUUUGGACUCUUUCUUGAUCGAAAUUACAAGAGACAUUUUGUACUUUAAUGACCCAACUGAUAACACCCCAUUGUUGGAAAAGAUCUUGGACACUGCUGGUCAAAAGGGUACCGGUAAAUGGACUGCCAUCAACGCUUUGGAUUUGGGAAUGCCAGUCACUUUAAUUGGUGAAGCCGUUUUCUCUAGAUGUCUUUCUGCCUUGAAGGAUGAAAGAAUCACUGCUUCCAAGAAGUUAACCGGUCCAUCUCCAAUCACUAUCACCGACAAGCAACAGUUUGUUGAUGACUUGGAACAAGCUUUGUACGCUUCCAAGAUUAUCUCUUACGCCCAAGGUUUCAUGUUGAUCAGAGAAGCAGCUAGAGAAUACGGCUGGAAAUUGAACAACCCAGCCAUCGCUUUGAUGUGGAGAGGUGGAUGUAUUAUCAGAUCUGUUUUCUUAGGUGAAAUCACUUCUGCUUUCAGAGAAAACCCAGACUUAGAAAACUUGUUGUUCCAUCCAUUCUUUAACAAGGCUAUCACCAAGGCCCAAUCUGGAUGGAGAGCAACCAUUGGUAAGGCUGUUACUUCUGGUGUUCCAGUUCCAGCUUUCACCACUGCUUUGUCUUUCUACGAUGGUUACAGAUCUGAAACUUUACCAGCUAACUUGUUGCAAGCUCAAAGAGAUUACUUCGGUGCUCACACCUUCAAGGUUUUGCCAGGUAAGGAAAACGACUUCUUGAAGAAGGACGAAUGGAUCCACGUUAACUGGACUGGUAGAGGUGGUAACAUCUCUGCUUCUACUUACGACGCUUAA